CGCGACCCUGGCUGAGCCAGCCAAUCGCAUUGCGCGGAAGAUCCGCGCGCCCGAGCGCCUCGGGUCGCCCCGGGAAAGGCCCCGCCCCCUCCCGCUCCGCGGCGAGGCACGCACAGGGUUGUGCGCGGAGGGGCAGGCCUAGCAGCGCGGCCUCACUGGAGUGUGGCGGCGGGAGUCUGCGGUAGUUCUGCGGGCCGUGGACCAGGCGGUACGCACGCGGUGCAGGGUAACAUGGCGGAUGCGGAAGUGAUUAUUUUACCAAAGAAACAUAAGAAGAAAAAGGAGCGGAAGUCAUUGCCAGAAGAAGAUGUAGCCGAAAUACAACACGUUGAAGAAUUUCUUAUCAAACCUGAAUCCAAAGUUGCUAAGUUGGACACGUCUCAGUGGCCCCUUUUGCUAAAGAAUUUUGAUAAGCUGAAUGUAAGGACAACUCACUAUACACCUCUUGCAUGUGGUUCAAAUCCUCUGAAGAGAGAGAUUGGGGACUAUAUCAGGACAGGUUUCAUUAAUCUCGACAAGCCCUCUAACCCCUCUUCCCAUGAGGUGGUAGCCUGGAUUCGACGGAUACUUAGGGUGGAGAAGACAGGGCACAGUGGUACUCUGGAUCCCAAGGUGACUGGUUGUUUAAUCGUGUGCAUAGAACGAGCCACUCGGUUGGUGAAGUCACAACAGAGUGCAGGCAAAGAGUAUGUGGGGAUUGUCCGGCUGCACAAUGCUAUUGAAGGGGGGACCCAGCUUUCUAGGGCCCUAGAAACUCUGACAGGUGCCCUAUUCCAGCGACCCCCACUUAUUGCUGCAGUAAAGAGGCAGCUCCGAGUAAGGACCAUCUACGAGAGCAAAAUGAUUGAAUAUGAUCCUGAAAGAAGAUUAGAUGGAGUUUCACUUCUGUUGCCCAGGUUGGAGUACAAUGGUGUGAUCUCGGCUCACCGCAACCUCUGCCUCCCAGGAAUCUUUUGGGUGAGUUGUGAGGCCGGCACUUACAUUCGGACAUUAUGUGUGCAUCUUGGUUUGUUAUUGGGAGUUGGCGGUCAAAUGCAGGAGCUUCGGAGGGUUCGUUCUGGAGUCAUGAGUGAAAAGGACCACAUGGUGACAAUGCACGAUGUGCUUGAUGCUCAGUGGCUGUAUGAUAACCACAAGGAUGAGAGUUACCUGCGACGAGUUGUUUACCCUUUGGAAAAGCUGUUGACAUCUCAUAAACGGCUGGUUAUGAAAGACAGUGCAGUAAAUGCCAUCUGCUAUGGGGCCAAGAUCAUGCUUCCAGGUGUUCUUCGAUAUGAGGAUGGCAUUGAGGUCAAUCAAGAGAUUGUGGUUAUCACCACCAAAGGAGAAGCAAUCUGCAUGGCUAUUGCGUUAAUGACCACAGCAGUCAUCUCUACCUGCGACCAUGGUAUAGUAGCCAAGAUCAAGAGAGUGAUCAUGGAGAGAGACACUUACCCUCGGAAGUGGGGUUUAGGGCCAAAGGCCAGUCAGAAGAAGCUGAUGAUCAAGCAGGGCCUUCUGGACAAGCAUGGGAAACCAACAGACAGCACGCCUGCCACCUGGAAGCAGGAGUAUGUUGACUACAGUGAGUCUGCCAAGAAAGAGGUGGCUGCUGAAGUGGUAAAAGCCCCACAGGUAGUUGCUGGAGCAGCAAAGACUGCGAAGCGGAAGCGAGAGAGUGAGAGUGAAAGUGAUGAGACCCCUCCAACAACAGUUCCUCAGUUGAUCAAGAAGGAAAAGAAGAAGAGUAAGAAGGACAAGAAGGCCAAAGCUGGUCUGGAGAGUGGGGCCGAGCCUGGAGAUGGGGACAGUGAUACUACCAAAAAGAAGAAGAAGAAGAAGAAAGCAAAAGAGGUAGAAUUGGUUUCUGAGUAGUGAAGGCCAUUUAAAGCAUUGUGUCCAGCUGGGAGAAGAUACUAAAGCCUUAUUGAGAAAACACGUUAUAGAUCCUUUUGUUGCUGAGAGUGGAUAGGUUCUAGACAGGAUGGAGACUUCUGGCACAUUUUAGCUGCUACUUUCAGAUCUCGGUGAUGUUACCUGGUGUGGUCAUCCCGUCUUGUCCUGUUUUAAGGAUAUGGGUGAUGAAAGAUAAAAGAGGCAGAGUUUAUCCCAAUGACUUCUCGAUUUGAGUUGGGAAGCCUCACCUUCAGACCUAGUAACUGACAGUAGCUGUCUGCUAGUGGCUGUUUUAACAUUGUAGUCCUAGUUUGCAUUUUUUUAUCCCUUCUGUUUAAAAGGUUUGUAAAAAACAAAAAACAAAAAUUAAGUCUACUCAGUGAAAUGGUGUACAACCCUAAAUAAGUGAAAGAGUGUCGCUGAAUUUUGUCUCUGAAUUCAGUAUAACUGAGUUUUGUCCAUCCUGGUGUCUGGGUAUAGGCCUGGCAGGCCUGGUAGUUUUCCAUCUUGUUCUGGCCUAGAGGUCAGUCCUUUGCACUUCUCAGAGCUUGUGUACAGUGCUCACCUAAAUCCAUCUGACUACUUGUUCCUGUGCCCUCUUGUUGUAGGCCUUGUUUACUUUUAAAGAAUGAAACUGUUCAUUGCUGGGAGAAGAACGUUGUAAUUUUUACUUAUUAAAAUCAACUUGUUUUUUAUGUAUUCCUGUUGGGUUUUCUUAUUGUUGGUGAUCUCAUGCUAGCAGAGCAAAAAAUGUAAAAUAUUUUGAUUAAAAAUCUAGAGACCUUUAUGUCCUAUUUGAAA